GCUGGGGCGGCAGGUGCCGCCGCCGCGUUUGCGCGUAGCCGCGGGGCCGAGGCCGGGCGGCCUCUCAGUUCCGCGGCACCGGGGAUACGGUCACCGGUGCGUUAAUACCAACGUGAAGCAGUUUUAAGUGCGCUGUGUGGCAGGCGUUGGGGAAACGAAGGGCUAAGCGUGAAAGCAGCGCAGGGGACAGUUUAGGAAGGACGGCCUUCGACGUCUUCGGUGCGGGGAGCUGGGGCGUGCUUUCCUGAAAGACGUCCCUAAUUCUGUGCCUGGCUUAAAAUUUAUUCGUUACAGCUAAUCUUGCCAUCCUCUUGCUCAUCAAGUCAUUUUGUGUUUUGCUCAGUUCCGUUCUUCAUGUUAAGUUUUUCACCCUGAAGCUUUUUAAUGAGGAUGUAGGAUAGAGGUCUCUGUCAACAGCCUGGCCGUCAAAUACUGGCUUAGUUUAGAAAUUACUCUUGAAUUUGCACGUAUUGAUUUAUUUAACCUUGUAAUAUGACAUUAUUAGUGGUCUUUUGUAUAAUUAUUAUAAUUAUAAAAUAAUUUUUGUAUAGUUAUUCCAUAACAGAAAAGGAAAGAGAAAGAUGAAAUGAGGUAAAUGCACAGCUCCUUUAUAUCACAGGAGGUUUAUAUGCAGUUUUGUAUGUUUUUAAUAGGCCUGAUCAGCAACCAAAAUACUGAACUUCCUUCUUCUUUAACCUAGUCAUAGGUAGUUAUUUUUAGUACUAGUUUUGGGUGAAGUUUUUUUUUUUUUUUUCUUUUGUCCCCUCAAUUUUUUUGGUGCAAAGUAAAAUAAAAGUCUCGGGGAUUGGUGCAGAGCUUCUUCUCCUUUGGUAGAUAAAAGAAUCAGAUUUUCUUCAAAGUUAAAGUUAGUUAAAAAUCCUGAAGAGUCAGGAAAAGGAAGGAAGGAGACUUACGGUUGUGGUGCACAUUUAAAAUAUUCUUUAUAAUGGUCUAGUACAAUCUUGUGAGUGUUAGGUUAGUGUAACUAUUGAAAGAUAUUUCUUGGAUAAUGAUAACUGAAAGAUCAGAAGAUUGAAAUGGUGUAAAGUAUAAUCCAGAUUUUUUUUAACUUCUGCACAGGAUGUUAUUGUAAUAGAUAUUUAGAUAACUAAUUAAAAAGUUACGUAAUUAAACUAUUCAAAGAAUUAAUGAAGGAAGUGUUGUUUUCCUAUGCAUCCUUUAUAUUUUUGUGAAUUUUGUAAUGAGUAAUGACAGUGACAGCAAAUGAUAAUAUAUUUCUGACUUUACUAUAUGAAACUUCAGAUAUAUGUAGUGAUUUUCAUAUAUAUUUUUAAUGCACAGGUUCAGUGGUUAUGCUGAAUUAAACCAACUGAAUGUUCUCCAUCUAUGACUUGGGCUGUUUUGAGGAAUUUUGUGUGCUGAAGGAAUUAAGAUGGAUGAAAUGUUUCUUUGGCCAUAGCAGCAACAGGAUGUGUAAGGAACAUUGUCAUACCUAUUAGAGGGCAUAAUGCAGAAUCCUUUAACUUUACCUGCAGAAGAGACUGUUGAAGACUAUUUAUGGAAUCUAGUGGUGUUUUUUUGCAUGCUAAUCCUGCAGAGAAACAUUGUGUCCAACAAAGAAUGCUGGGUCAGCAAAAACAAGAAACUUGUGCUGGAAAGACAGUAUCCACAGAUGAACACAAAUCCCCUUCUGAUAUCAUACAAACUUUUCAGAAGAAAAGUCAGUUUAGGACCAUCGCUCCAAAAAUGGUACCGAAAAUUUUAACAUCUGGAGUGGUUUCUUGUCUUCAGUCAGCUUUACCUGAACAAAAUACACCUAUUUCGGCUGCAGUUUCUAAACCGUUGGUAGUACCAACACAAAGCUAUGCUGUGAUGCAGGUUGCUGGUCAUGAAGGGACUUUUUCUGUUUUGGCCUUGCCAUAUGUUACCCCUGCACUAACGCAGCAAAUCCAGCAAUCAAACAGGACCCCUUCUGAAAAUCUCAAGCUGCCUAUUCCUAGGUACCAGUCUGUAAGAAAUAAAUUGCUGGGUGAGAGAAAAACAACUCAAAUCUCUGUUCUGCCUGCAAAUAACAAGAUUCCUACCAAAUCCCAGAUCUUGUCACAGACUCCCGCUAUGACUGCAUUAACUGAAGACUAUCCUGAAACUUGUAGUAAUUCAGAUACAUCUGAGCAAGUGAUAUCAAUAGACCAUGGAUCACCUGAAAUUAAAGUUGCCGCAUUACUAAAUGAAAACAAAUGUAUGGAAUUGGGAUCUUUACUAAACAAAACAGACAUUGAUGAAGGUAAUGUUUCUGGACUGUCUGAAGUUAAAGAUUCUUUAACCAAGCCAGCAAGUACAAGUAAUCCCAUGAAACUAAGUCUACACUCUGUGAAGACAGCCUUUGAAACCACAAAAAGUUCGCUCACAAUGUCCGAGAAACUAAAAGAAAAACCCACAAAUUCUGUCGCUGUACUGUCACCAGCAGUUUUUGGCAGUGCAAUACAACUGACUCCAUCUGCACCAAAAGGAAAACUUCCUAUUCUGCCUUACUCAAGAGUGAAAAAUACAAUGUUUUCUAAAUCUAAGCAAAAUUCUAAUGUUAUGGAUGUAUCUGGUGCUUCACUAAGAUCUGAAUGUGAAAAGAUACCACCUUUGGUGAAAACCUUCCAUGUUCCUACCAAAGCAUCUGAUAAACGAUUAUCUGUGUCAUUUACACAAGUUCAAAGACAAACCAUUCGAGAAAAUACCUUUUGUCCAUCCAAUAAAGUGGAUGUUGAUAGUCUUAAAAAAUUGAAUGGUCUGUCCUCUAAAAGAAGAAGCAGAAAAAGAAGAACUCCAGAUGAUUUGUUGGCUUUUCAGUCCAAGCGAAGGAAAUGCAUUGUUAAUAAGUUUAGAGAAGGAAGAGAGAGGGCGAAAGUUGAUCUUCAGCAACCUCAAGACAAAAAAACAGAGGCAGUAAAAAAAUACCGUAGUAUUAGACCAAAGCCUGUGGUAGUUGUACAGGCUUUUGCACCACUGACUCCUGCAGCAAUAGUGGAGACAAAAUCUCCUGGUCGUUUAGAGCAAGGCAUUUUUUUAAAUAGCUCACUUCCCAAUAAAUAUUUAAGUUACAAGCAUAAUGAUACCACCUCUGCUAAAUCAGGUGAUUUAAGUAGAAAUGUAUAUUCAGCUGUACCUAAGCCAUGGCAUAAGUGUCAUGUCUGUAACCACAACUUCCAGUUUAAACACCAUCUUCAGGACCAUAUGAAUACACAUACCAACAAAAGGCCUUACAGUUGUCGGAUUUGCCGGAAAGCAUAUAUUCAUUCUGGAAGCCUGAGUACGCAUAUGAAACUUCAUCACAACGAAGGCAGACCCAAAAAGCUUGUGUGUUGUGAGUUCUGUGCGAAAGUUUUUGGCCAUGCAAAAGUAUACUUUGGCCAUCUAAAGGAAGUUCACAGGGUUGUUAUCAGCACAGAACCCUCUACAAGUGAGCAACAGCUGCAAGAUGCUUUAAAGAACAGAGGUACAAAUUUGAAAGAGACAGAAGAAGCAACAGAGAGAGGAAAUAAAUGCAAUUUUGAAGAUCUUUUCCAUAAUCCAGGAGAAGUAAAACUACAGAUCAAAUGUGGUCGAUGCCAGUUUAUUGCGCAGUCUUUUGCUGAAAUGAAGUUUCAUUUAUUGUGCUCUCAUGGAGAAGAGAUCCAGGGAAGAGUAAAGGAAGGUAUUUUGCAAGGAACUAGAGGAUCUAAGGGGGAAUUGGUCAAACACACAACUCACUUCUGGAAACAGCGCAGUGAGAGAAGAUGUUUAGCAAAGUCCAGUGCUUAUGAGGAGGAGUUUUAUACUUUUCCAAAAUUGAAAAGGCAGAUAUACUUUCACCAUCAAAAUAAUGUUGAUGUGUUAUCUAAAAGCGAAAUGACUCAGUCAGGAAACAGUGAAGACGCCAAGGAGAUGCAGAGUGUAGGUUGUGGGGCACAGAGCAAAAAACCUGAAAUUUGGUCUAAGGCUGGGUAUAACUGCAUUUUGUGCAAACAGCUCUUUGGAAGAAAAGAAGAUCUUUGUAAUCAUUGGCAGAGUCAUCAUAACUGUGAAGACCCUUCCAUUUUAUGGACAAUUUUUAAUUUGUUCUCAAAACAAGGAAUUAUUGACCUUUCUAAUAAUGGUGGAUAUUAAAGCUCAAUUUUGUAGUGCCAUGAAAAACAUGAACAUUCCUGAAUUAUUGUAUGCUUUUGCUGUGUUGCAAAACUGACUCAAGAAAAAUAUCAGUUAAGAGGUUUGUUUGUUUGUUUAUUUUGCUUGGUUGAUGGGGAGGGUGUUUUUAGUUACCAUUUGCAAUCUUUGCUCACCUUUAUUUUGUUAAAUAGAAAAUGUAUUCACCCGUUAUUUUUCUAGAUGGGCAGAUGUAAGCCUGUUAGGAAACACUGUGCUUAAUUUUCAUGCAUUAGGAAGUUAGCAGCAAAUAUGCAAUGCAAAUGGUUGAAAUUAAGGAAAGAGAUGCUCAAGAUACGUUAUACUAUACACACAGAAAUGAAUCAGUUUAUGUGAAGUAAUCCUGAUCUUGAGUGGAAUGACAAACUAGACUGAAAGUGUAAUUUGAGUUUCAACGCUGCUUCCAGAUUUUGUGAUAAAUACAUAUUUGCAUACAGUUCUCUAGAUCAUUUGGAUGUGCUUACAAGCCUGUAUUUGGAGUUUCAUAGUUUAAGAGCUUUUAAAUCUUAUUUUUUUCAUUUCAGUGUCUUCAACCUUGUUUGUUGCUUGCAGGUUUGUUGUUGGCAAGCCUUUCAGGUGUUAUGUUCUGCCCUGAUAACAGCAGAGAUCUUUAAGGUUUUUUUUAAACUGAAAAAAAUCACAUACAUUCUUUUUUGCUUGUAGCCUACUUUGGGAUCAAGACAAGAGUUUAAUUGUCACCUGUGAAGAUGGGACUAUCAAAGUUUGACUGUUUAAAAAAAUUUUUUGUUUUAAAAAUAGUAAUCUGAAUUUAUUACUUCUAGGAAGUUUGACAUUCUAGGAAGUAUUGACAUGCAAUAAAUUGCAUGAUUCACCGUGCAUAUUUCUUGGACCUCCUGUGACAGCAGCACUACUGAUGACACCUUUAGCACUCUGCUGUUAGCAUUCUUGCUGUAUAUCUCAUGUACCUGUGCAGUUGGCCCAGUCUGUGGCUUUAAAGGGAAAUUGUCCCUCUAAAUAUUUGGUAUAGGUCAUAAGUUUUUUCCCUUGUGUUGCCAAAUUUACUAUUCUGCAGAAAUUGCAUGCAGCACCUUAGCUUUACAAUAGAUAUCAUCUUAAGCAUAGGAGCAAAUGAUAACACGUAUUUUCAUAGAAUCUGUGUGGUUUUACAACUAAAUAUAAUCUUUUAUAGAAUGGUAAGGUUGGAAGGGACCUCUGGAGAUCAUCUAGUCCAACCCUCGGCAUAGCCCAUACGGGGAUUGAACCUGCAAGUUUGGCAUUAGUAGCACCACGCUCUAACCAACUGAGCUAAACCCUUUUUAAUUUUAUGAGGAUGCAAACCCAUAAUAGCCUGUAGGGCAGGAAUAGUGCAUGCUCUAUCCUCCAGCACGGAACAGAACCAGUAAAUUACCAUUUCAGCACAUCUCCAAGGGGCAAAGUCAGACCUGACCGCAAGGAGAAAACCUGUAUACAUACCCUGGGGUUUUUCUUUAAAACUGAAGCACAGUUUUACACUGAGGUACUGCAAAACAAUAGAAAAGAACUAUUGAUGAAUACUAAGGAGUUCCUGUGAAGUUAUACAGAAUUUUUCAAAAUUUGAGUUUUCAUUUUUUAAAUAAAAAUAAUUCUUCCUAUUGCAAAGUAGAAGCUUACAUUGCUGUAUCACAUUUUUUUGUGUUGAUAGUCUAGUUAGUCAUUUAAAAAUGUUUUUCAAAUUGUUGCAACAAGAUAAAGUUCUGGAACUCAGUUUUGAUGAAAAGUUCAUUGAAGCCAUUGAAACUAGCUUAAAAUUUGUGUUUAAACUGCUCUUACUUAAAGCCUAGUGUACAUCUGAAUUAUUUUGGGAGCAAUAAUGGAGACAAUGUGGGAAGUCACUAUAUUGUUUGAGAGAAGUGAGAGUAUGUUAGAUGACAAACUGAAAAAUACUCCAAUUUCAUAUCUGCACGAUGACUUCAUUCAUUUCUUAUUGUGGUCAAGCUGUAAUUGGGGGAUUGCAGUGAUGAAAGAGUCAUUCUCAAAAUGUCCAGGAUGGCCGUGUGCUACUCUGCAAAAAUUGUGUUGAAAACAUGAAGAAAUCUAAGAGUGUUGGGUAUUCAGAUAGGGAUUCCAGAAACUGUUGCAAUAUUGUGUGUGUGUGCCUGUUGUUUUUAAAUCAUAAAUGCAACUUUGAUCCGGUAGUUUUAAAUGACAUUUCUUGUCUUAUGGUACUUUGCCUGGUGUUGAACUGUGAGACUGGAGCCAAGUAAAAUAAAAGACGAAAGGAGAUUUCUCAUUGAACUGUGCAGGUGUUUGAUAAGGUGGAAGAUUCCUGUGGGUUUUCGCUGCUUCCUUUUUAGUAUCUGUUGCUUUAAAAAAAAAAACAAUUGUGGUUGUUUCAUU